GCAGCGUGGCGCCUGGUUCUCUGUCAGGGGCCGAUGGAGUUCUUUCGUUCAGUUACUGAUGCCCUGACCGGCGGAUGCUGCGCAGCCACCGGUCAGGAUGGAUAUGAAAUCAAUUUCAGCGUGUUGGACUUGAAAGAUAUGCAGGUCGUUGCUGCCUGCAAGGGCCACCAGGAGAAGCUACUUGAGAUGUUCAAAAAGAGGCCAUACUUGCAAAAGGAGGAACAUCAGUUGGCAUACUUCGUUAAAGAGUGCUGCAAGGCCAUCAUGAAAGGCGACAGUGAUGAGGCACAAAAUGGACUGGACAUUCUGGAGAUGCAACUGGACAACGAAGACAAGAUGAUCGCUGCUGCCUUCAAUAAGUUUGACACGGACCGCAGUGGCAAGCUCGCUGGCUCUGAGGUGCAGUUCAUGCUGGACUACUUGGGAUUUCCAGACUCCCAAGACGACGUGGACAAGUUGCUGAAAGUGCUGGACAGCGACAAGGAUGGCCACGUUUCGUUCGACGAGUUCAUCCACUAUGUAGGCAAACUAGGUGGCAGCAGCAAACUGUUCGAAGUGCGGCGGAAGCAGAUUCAGGAACGAGCUGGCUUCACAGAUUCUGCACAUGACCCAGAAAAGCUCCGGAUCCUACUGCAGGAGAGUGGUAUUUCGCCAGAGGCCCAAGCGCACUGGAAGCUCACGGCCAGCGAAUCCGAACUGGAUAGUGCUGCGAUGAUGCGACCAUGCCAACAGGCUGCCAUCCGACAUAUCCGACACCUGGCACAAGAAAAUCAUGAAAGAGCCUUGCCCAAGCUACAAGAGCGUGUUAAGAAGCUUGGCUAUACGGACACGGAUCUUUGGAUGGUGCUGUCCUGGAUCCGAGAAUUGGCGCCCAUCAUUGUGCACAUCAACUUGGACAAGGUGGGAAAGUUCUUCUUGGAGGACAGCCACUACCGCAACCAGUUUGAGACCAACACCUCUGGUGGACUCUUGAAGACUUCUGCACGAGAGAAAUGGGAACGAGGCUUGUUUGGAACCGCGUACGAUGGUGCAAACGCCUUCGAACGUCCAAAGUAUGGAGUGCAGAACAUUUGGAAUGACCAUAGAGGAGUCAUGGGUGCGAAGCAGUAUGGUGAUUCCUACAUCAUUUUGAAGGAUGUUCGUCUUCGCUGCACCUUGUCGCCCCAAGACUCCGCCAACCUGCCGGCAAGAAGGCUCGCCGUGCUGGACUACUAUGCGCACGUCUUGCUUGAGUACAGCGACAAGGAGCUGAAGGAGACAAUUCGUGUGGCCGAGAAGGGUGAUGAAAAGGUGGGCAACUCUGAGCAAGUGAUCGAGAAGUGGGGCAUGUACAAGGAAGCCCAACUACAUGGUGAGAUUGACCUGGACAAGCACGUCGACUCUUUGGUGGUUCACGAAAGGCAUAGGGCCAAGCACGCCGACUUCGUAAAGAAAAUAUGUGAGAAACAUGGUUGGAAGAUGAGGUGGAUGGACGAGAUGCGAGCUCAUCUUCACGAGAGACAAGGAGGAGUGGAACUGGACAUGAAGGAGUGGCAAGCAAAGCUGAAAAAGUUGGGCCGAGCCAGUACCGAGGCUUUGGACGACAAGAUGAAGUACCUGGCCGACUUUGGCUCUCUGCAUCCAGUGCCCGAAGGCACCGAAGGCACCGAAGGCUACGCAUCACGGUCUGGAAAUCGCCAAGGAUGAUCCAACGUUUGAUCGUCGCUGAUAUGAAAAGGAACUCGGCUGGUCCUAGUUCGACUGGGAGCUUUUCAGAGGUGCAAAGGAGGAGCUUGUAGC